ACAUUUCGUUCGUCUCUAAGGUUUGUGACAUCGGAGAGAAGACGAACUCUCGUCUCGCUGCCGAGAAUUUGAUUCUCCGAUCACUUCACAGAUACGCUCUGAAUUUCGUUCUCGAUUCGUUAAGCCGAUCUGUUGUCCGUCGAUAAAUUCGAGAUUGGUGUUGUUCGACAUGGAAUUGGCGUGAUCUCGUUAGAGUUCCGUGGCGUAUUUGCUCAUCCUAAGUUGCUAGCAUUGUUUUAAUGGGAGACCAUUCUGCUAGAAGUAGAAGCUCUGUGAUGGCAACUGUUUCUUCUGGGAGAGAGUUUCCUAAGAGAAGCUUAAUAGCUGCUAUUCCAAGAGCUGUUCAGCAGACGAUCUAUAAGAAUGUUUCUUUGGCAAGUAAUGGUAGCGUUGGCAGUGGCACAGUGCAUACUGCAGCCGUGUUUCUGCUGAAAAUCGCGGUUUUAGAAGUCGUUCGGAGAAUUUCAAGGGCCAAAUGUCCUCUUUUGUGGAACAGUCUUCAGGCUUUGCAGUGCCUUUGUUAUCCUCCUCUUAAGUGGAUUCAGAGAUGGGCUCCGUUCAAGGAGUUGAUCAAGGCAAUGCAGAUGCUGUCUCGGCCAUUAUUGGUCCUCACGAUUGCAGAAGCUUUCACAGAGUUAAAGCAAGAAGCCCCAGGUGGUACUGGCUCUAAUGCAUCUUCAGAAUCACAUUCUGAGCCACAGACGUCUCAGCCUCCAUCAGACAUAAGAAUUGAAGAUGAGGCUCCAAAUCCUGUAGCUUCACAAGACUGGCUUAAACAACUCUACGAAGAACUGGAAAAGCAGAAACUUAGCUUGCCAGAGAGACUCAACGAAGACGAGCUUCAUAGGUUUUAUAGAGUGUCAAACGGAGACUUCACAUCCUUACUAUCUUCAAUUAAAAAGACGAUCCAUUGGAGGGAGACGUACAGAAUCCUAUCUGAAGAAGAACUUGAGACAUGGUCAACCUUAGUCUUUUGGCAUGGAUUUGACAGGAACCAACGACCUUGUCUCAUUGUCCGCUUGGGGCUUGCUUUUCUAAAGUUGCCAUCUCAUGAAAGACCUCGUUUCGCUCAGGCAAUCAUUUCUCAGGUAGAGCACGGCGUUUUGCAUCUUCUAAACCCUGAGAAUUCAGAACUUACAGUAUUAGUGGAUUGUGAAGGCUUGUCUCCUCUGAGGAUUCCCAUGCAGAUGAUGAGAUCUUGUUCUUCCAUUCUUCAAGAUCAUUUCCCUAACCGUCUCGGCUGCCUAUUCAUCAUUCGUCUCCCUCCUGUUGUCCGAGUCAUUUCCCAGACUUUUAUCCAAAUUCUCAGACCAACAACACGCAAGAAGCUGAGAAUUGAAGGUGAAACGUUCCAGCGAGUCCUUUCUGAAUAUCUCCAGAUGCUUCCUUCAUACCUUGGCGGUGACUGCAACUGCAAAAGAUGCUCAAAUCUCAGCGAACAGGAUUCACCACAACCACUAACACAAACAAGAAGCAAGAGAAGAAGCUCAAUGGAGGCAGAUAAGCUAGACGUCAGCCGCUGGAGUUACGAUGUCCAGACACCUGAUUUAGUCUAUGAGGACGACCCGAGCCUGAACGUAUGUAACCAAGUGCUGCGAACAGCAGUAGUGUUCGUGCUCAUGCUUUGGCUCUUCGGUGCACUACUAGCUGGUUUUGCCGAUCCUGAGAGCAGACCAUUUUAAGCUUUCCAUAAGGUAGCAAACCAACCAUAACCAGUUUUAGGCUUAUACGUAUGUCUUCUGUGUAUAUAGUAUAUGUGUGGUAUGCGUCGAUAUGUAUAGUCAAUAGUGAAUAAAUCAGUCUCUCAUUUAGAGUCUUCGUUGCGAACGAGGAGGGGAAUCAAUCGGUUCGACUUAGUUUUGGGUCUUGGUUUAUGGUUGAUGGUUGUGGUUCAGUACAUUGUACGUUGGGAGAAAGUAAGUACGGUUUUAGUAUUGUGUUGAGACUUUGGUCACCCUCUGGGCUCUGCAGUAAAAUUUGUGAACAAGAUUUGUUG